UUCACGGCGUCGGGGUGGUUACCAUGACAACCAGGGGCCAGAGGCAGUGUGGGAGUGACGUCAUCCUCAUCAUGGCUACCAGAGCGAUGUUGUUAAAGAGAGCUGCUGUGUUUUCCCCUUCUAUUCAACAUUUUCUACACGUCAGAUGUGUGUCAACAACAGGAUGUACCAGUCAAAAGGACAGUUGGCUGAACAAGCUUUUGGUUCGGAAAAUCGAGCCCACCAAAGAAUCACACUCCCGCAUGUUGUCUGACAAAGAGGUCAUAUUUGAAUUACAGACCCAUAACCUCAAACCUGGCACUGGUGAACAAUACCUCAAAAACUAUGAAGAGUAUGUAAAAGGUGUUACUGACAAGUUUGCAGACAAGGCCUAUCACCCAGAACUGCAAGGGUCAUGGACUGUUGGGGUGGGGGACCAGGACCAGUGUCUUCACCUAUGGAAGUACGCUGGAGGUUAUGGUGCUAUAGAUGCUGCUAAUGACAUGUAUGCUACAGACCCAGACUUGUCAAAACUGAUACAGGAUAGAAAUCCAUUUUUACGGCAACGCUCGAAUCAGUUCCUGCUACCCUUCAGCUUCUGGCCACCGGUCUCUCCACGCGAGGGGGGAAACAUCUAUGAGAUCAGAUCAUAUUUCCUCAAGCCAGGCACCAUGAUAGAGUGGGGAAACAACUGGUCGAGAGCCAUUCAUUUUCGCCAGGCAAACAAUGAGGCUUUUGGGGGGUUCUUCUCACAGGUUGGCCGCCUCUACAAUGUGCAUCACAUCUGGUGUUACAGCUCUCUGGAGGCAAGAAAGGAAGCUCGAGAAAAUGCUUGGCGUCAUCCAGGAUGGGACGAGGUGGUGGCGUACACAGUGCCACUCAUUAGAGAGAUGCACGCUAGGAUCCUCGUGCCAAAUAGUAUCUCCCCAGCUCAGUAAUAAUUGUACGGCACCCGAAUGUAACACUCCCGAGGGAUGAUGUUAUUUACCUGGCAUUGUAUAUAUAACCCAUGUGACAAGGAACCACUGAGGUGAAUCACCUGUAUAUUCAUUAAUAAAAGUAAUGGUAUCAUUUAUCUUUGUAUGAGAGGCACAAUGUACAAAACUCUGAGUAACUCCUUCAGUGAGCAUUUUUGCAGCAUGUUUGUUUUUUCCUUCACUUAAAGGUGAUUGUUAUUACAUUUGGUUGGUAAAUCGUGCUUUCAGCAUUUCCCGGAAUUACAUUGGCUGCCUUGCAUGGAGGAGCGUCAGCUUAACACUGAUGAAGGUUAUGCAGGAAGGGGCAUACCAGAAAAUCCAUCAUCUUUAAUCUUUUAUCCUUUAUGGUAAAAGACAGAUGCUGGUUUUACACUGUUGGGUAAAUCUCUCUCUCUCUCUCUCUCUCUCCUUAAAUUUUAUUCAUAGUUCCUGGAGAACACACAAGAUUAUGUGGUAGAUUUUGUAGUUUAUUUGAUCAGUUAAGAUGUGUUACUUUAAUAUGCCCUGCAUGAUGGGUCUUGCUUGGUGUGCAUUAUUGUGCUUAGUCAAGUGUACAGGGAGGCAACAAAGAAGUUCAUUAACUGCUUUGUAUGGUUGCUUUUACUUGGUACAAUACCAUAUUUAAAUCAGGUACAGAGUUCUCCAGUUUAUUGCUACUGUUAGACUGAACCAUAAUGAAAGAAUGCCUAAGUUCCUUGGUUCAUGGUCUCACAGGGGAUGUGUUACAUAGUACUUGUUCUUUAAUUAUUGUCACACACACUGUCACUGUUAAUUUUAUUAACAUGGCAAGUUAGGUGUUGGUUGGCAGUAAACAAAAAGUAGCUGCAGAUGAAUCCUCACCAGUAGAUGAAACCUUACCUUCUCUCUAAGAUGUCAGCUGUAGAGUUUAAUGCUGUAUGCUGUAUUGUACUUUCAUAUGGUUAUUGACAAACUGAUGUGAUAUUUGUUCCAAUUUUAUUUCAUAAGCAAAUUGGAAGCUAGUCAUUUGCUUCAUCAGUUUCCUGUCUCUUUUCUACAUUUAACUUGCACAUCUUUCUCUAACAUUGUAGACCUUUCUUGGAGGUUUCUGUAGACCACCCCACCCACACACAGCUGUUAACUGAAUAAUGGUACAGUAAUAGGUAAGGUUACAACAUGAAAGAUAUUAUGAGACAAAUGGAGUGACAAUGUUAAAAGAAAUUUGUUAUUUAUACAUUAAUAUUAUUAUCAUUUUUUUAUGUAUCAGAGUUUUAUCUGACAGUGUUGUUAUGCCUCAUAGCUUGCUCUGUUACCUAGAGAGAAUUAGUACUUGGAUCUUGUAUUCUGGAAAUUUGCUGAGACCCAUGUUGAGUACUGCUAAUAUCCUCAAGUGAAACAAUGUGAUAAAUGAUUGUACAUUUCUCUGUAUCUAGAAUACAGACUUUAAUCUUUUUCA